CAGUCACCGUCUACGGCGUUGCCAGAAAGUCAUGGCACAACCGAAGUACUGUACCUCGACCGACCGACCGAAGGUAGUCGUGUCCUCCUAAAGGUCGUCAAGGUGCGCCUUCAUCAUGGAGACCGAACAGUCAACACUUAUGCUGUCCUGGAUGAUGGCUCAGAAAGAACUAUGCUCCUGCCAGAUGCUGCACACCAGCUGGGUGUGCAAGGGAUCCCCGAAGACUUAUCUCUGCGCACAAUUAGACAGGACGUGCAGUCAAUUCAGGGAGCCUCGGUGUCAUUCACUAUAGCUGCACCUUCCAACCCAAAGACCAAGUUCAGGAUCACUGGUGCAUUUACCACUGCCCGCAUUGGACUAGCAAGCCAUGCAUACCCCAUGGAACAGCUCCGAAGGCAUUACAAACACCUCAUCGGCCUUCCCAUACCGACCCUGACUAAUGUGAAGCCCCUGCUUCUCAUCGGGAGUGAUCACCCCCACCUCAUCACCCCCAUAGAACCUGUCAGGUUAGGACCCCCAGGAGGACCAGCUGCGGUACACACCAGAUUAGGCUGGACUCUGCAGGGACCAGCAAGUGCAGUCGGCCAUAUCUCCCAACCAUCGCAGUGCCUAUUGACCACAGUAGCACCUCAAGUGAGUGAGCUCAUGAAGCAUGUGGAGAAACUGUGGUUAGUUGAUACAGUUCCAUUCCGCAGUGAGAAGCUAGUUACCCGCUCAAAGCAGGAUACAUACGCUAUCAGGACUCUUGAGACCAAAACUGUCAGGGUAGAGGUUGACGGUGUUCACCGUUACGCCACCCCUCUGCUCCGUCGUCAGGGAAUGCCACUCCUUCAGGCUACACCAAUGGCUGUCAUGCCCAGCUUACGUAGUGUAGAAAGGCGACUGGCUAGAGACCCUGCACAAGCUGAAGCCUACAGAUCGGAGAUGGAGAAACUGAUCGAGGCAGGUUCUGUAAUCAAGUGUGGUCCAGAAAUAACGGCUAAAGGAAAUGAUGAGGCAUGGUACAUCCCUCAUCAUAUCGUGAGUCAUAAUGGCAAGCCGAGGAUAGUAUUCAACUGUUCCUUUCAGCAUCAGGGCCACAACCUGAACGAUUACCUACUGCCUGGGCCAAAUUUGGGAGCCACACUUCUGGGAGUUCUGCUGCGUUUCAGGGAGCAUGCUGUCGCAAUCAGUGCAGACAUCAAAGGCAUGUUCCAUCAAGUUCGUCUUCUCCCAGAGGACUGUGCACUGCUCAGAUUUGUUUGGCGUGAUGUCAGCAAAGAAGAGUUCCCUGCAGUGUAUGAGUGGCAGGUGCUGCCAUUUGGAACAACAUGUAGCCCCUGUUGUGCUACCUUCGCUCUGCAGCGGCACGUUACUGAAAACAGUCAGCCAAAUGAAGAUGUGAGGAUCUCAAUCGAGAAAUGCUUCUACGUUGACAAUUGGCUCCAGAGUGUUCCCACCAGUGCUAUGGCAAGACACCUUGUUGACAAAUUAAGAGCCCUGUUAGCAUCUGCAGGAUUUGAACUACGCCAGUGGGCCAGCAGUGAGCCAGAGGUCAUAAGCCACCUGCCUGAAGAGAGUCGAUCUGCCAGUGUGGAGUUGUGGAUGGCUCACAACAAGACAGAUGUCCCAGAAUCCACCCUGGGACUAAGCUGGCACUUCCAUACGGAUGUCCUUGGCUACAAGCAUCGGCAUGUGGAUUACGGUGUCCCAACAAUGCGGAACAUCUAUAAAGUACUGGCGAGUCAGUACGACCCUUUGGGAUUCAUCUUGCCCUACACCACUCGGGCCAAGGUGCUUGUCAGGCACCUUUGGGAUGCACAGCGGGGCUGGGAUGACCCCUCACUUCCCCAGGAUCUCCUAGACCAAUGGAGGAUGUGGGAGGAAGAGCUACAGGUCCUUUCACAAGUCACACUGCCACGGCCAUACCUGCCAAAGGAGGUAGACAUUUCUGGCCUCCGAAGAGAGGUGCAUAUCUUCUGUGAUGCUUCUGAGGAGGCAUAUGGCUCGGUGGCAUACCUUCGUUCCACUGACAGGCAUGGUGUCGUGCACCUGUCAUUCCUGAUGGCUCGAUCCAGAGUCUCUCCUAAGCGACUUCACUCCAUGCCCAGAUUAGAACUGUGUGCUGCACUUACGGGCGCACAGCUCGCCCAGGUCCUGGAGAAGGAACUCACCAUCACCAUUGACCAAAUAAUUCUGUGGUCUGAUUCCACAAUGGUGCUGACCUGGCUGAAGUCCGAAUCCUGCCGCUUUAAAGUUUUUGUUGGCUCCCGUGUGUCAGAGAUACGGGAGUUGACCGACAGACAUACGUGGAGAUAUGUUGACUCUAUGAGAAAUCCCGCAGACGAUGUGACGCGUGGGAAAGGGCUGAAAGAGCUUGCAGAGCCAAACAGGUGGAGUCAGGGACCACCAUUUCUUCGGCUGAGUCUAGACCAGUGGCCUCAGACCGCUACUACGGAACAGCCUACAGACACAUCAGAGAUGUGCAAGUCCACCUUCUGUGGUGUUGCCGCUGGUGUUCCAACCCAGCCCCCCACUGACCUGAGCCAGUACAACUCCUGGAAGGAACUACUAGCAGCAACUGUGCAGGAGUUGCACGGGGCGGCUAACAGGAGCGACCACCCUACUGCUGAGGACUACCGUCAGGCAGAGAGGUUGGUCUUACAUAGGUCUCAGAUGGACAGUUUCCAGCAGGAGUACAACCUACUCAAGGCUGGUAAAUCAGUCCCUAGAAGCAGUCGACUUCUGACCCUGUCUCCUGAGCUAGAUGGAAGUGGAGACCUCAUCCGAGUAGGAGGACGGCUUCGGCGUGCCACAGACCUGGAGGUCGCAGUGCUCCACCCCAUCAUUCUGGACCCAGGUCAUUCAGUGACUAGGCUCCUAAUCCAAGACUUCGACAGCCAGCUAUGCCACCCUGGUCCAGAGCGUGUGUUUGCAGAGCUCCGGAGAUCUUACUGGAUUCUGAGGGGGCGUGAAGCUGUCCGGCGUUAUCAAACCAGCUGUGCAGACUGUAAGCGUUGGAGAGCCAGACCUAAAGUACCAAAGAUGGCAGACCUACCUGAGGCCCGUUUGCGCCUGUUCAAACCUGCCUUCUAUUCUACAGGGAUGGACUGCUUUGGGCCAUUUGAGGUUAAGGUGGGAAGACGCUCGGAGAAAAGAUGGGGAAUCAUAUUCAAGUGCCUCACCACCAGAGCUGUACACCUAGACCUUCUUACCUCCAUUGAUUCUGAUGCCUUUCUAAUGGCUCUCCGCCGGUUCAUCGCUCGUCGAGGAACACCUGCUGAAUUGUUCUCUGACCAGGGGACAAAUUUCAUAGGAGGAGAGCGAGAACUCCGGGAGACCUUCCGAGGAAUGUCGCCGGACCUUCAACAGCUCCUAGCCAAACAUAAGAUCGCCUUCCACUUCAACCCCCCAGCAGCCCCCCACUUUGGAGGGGUGUGGGAGAGAGAGAUCCGCUCUGCGAAGAGAGCCCUGUACGCCACAGUGGGUUCUCAACCUGUACCAGAAGAAGUGCUCUCCACUGUACUUACUGAAGUAGAAGGGAUCCUCAACAGUAAACCCCUGGGUUAUGUGUCUUCAGAUGCCAGCGACCCCGAUCCAGUUACCCCAAACAUCCUUCUGAUGGGGCGGCCUGAUGGUUCACUCCCUCAGGUAGUCUACCCUGAGAGUGAGCUUCUUAGUCGCCGACGCUGGAAGCACUCCCAGGUUUUGGCUGAUCACUUCUGGGCUCGUUUUAUUCGGCUGUAUGUACCAAGUCUACAAGCUCGCCAGAAGUGGCACGAUACAGCUGCUGACAUCAAAAAGGACUCUGUGGUGAUGAUCACUGACCCACACCUCCCCCGAGGCCUUUGGCCCAUUGGGAAGGUCGACAAUGUUCAUCGCAGCGCUGAUGGACACAUUAGGUCAGCUGACGUGGAGGUUAAGUCAAGACUUUAUACCCGACCAGUUGCAAGGCUGGUAGUCCUUCCUGCGCUCCCCUCUGGGGAGGAUGAGGACAAUUCUACACCUGUAUCAGCUACUCAACCGUAGAACUUUGUGACCUACAUUAAUGUGCAAAUGUAUAAGAUACAUUCGGGGGCGGCUGUAGAAAAGGCCCCAAAGUUCAUACAUGUUCACACUAUGUUACGUUUAUUUCACAUAUUCUGUGUCAUUGGGGUCUUUAAGGGGCAGGGCAUUGCCCAUGUGAAACGAGCAUGAUGAGUGAUGUCAUAUGAUGGUAUGCUGCGUGAUAGAGGAGUGAGUGAUGCAUGAGAGAGCAGUCGGGAGAGUCAGCUCGUCAGACGUGGUUGUGCGUGCAUGUAAAAAAAACCACAACCACAACUAAAGUUCCAGUGAGUAAAGUCAACGGCGUCUCUGCGCUUUUAUUCAUACUCUGAAGAAACCAGGCCUUAAGCGGUGUUCUGGCCGACACUCCCUGUGUGAAUCCGGUGAUAACACAGAACCAGUGCAGAAUCCAAGUCAGUUUAGGAAACCUCCCUUACAGUACUACUUACAGUUUGGAUACAUACGUGUUAACAUCAAUCGCCCACACAGGGGAACUUAGACCUUCUUCAGUAAAAUUUGAUCUGUCAGAGUUGCCAUAAGCCAGAUUUUCUGACACUUGUAUUUUUCAACACCUGACAUCCUAUUCUUUCAGAAAAUAUAUACUUUCCCAUAUCUGGCUUAUGGCAAGUGAAAAUAUUCUGGGUGGUACAUGAAAAUAGUCUCAGAAAAAAAAAGUGAACAUAUUUUUU